AUGAGCCACAUCACACCCCAACUAGAUGCCAUCUUCCAAGGCUUCACCAAGAAUGCCCCAGAAACCAUCCAAACCCCAAUAAACGCUGCCCGAGCCGAACUCAUCAACUUCGACACCUCCGAAACCAUCAAGAUAGGAGACAAGCUCCCCUCAUUCAGCCUCCAGAAUGCCCUCGGCGAACUCCAAACCAGCACAACCCUCCUAAACAAAGGUCCCUUAAUUCUAACCUUCUACCGCGGAGAAUGGUGUCCUUUCUGUAACAUCGCCCUUUCAGGAUUCCAAAAACACUUGUCCGCAUUCACGGCCAAAAACGUGACUCUCGUGGCCAUCACCCCUGAACUCCCUAAUGGAACGCUCAGCAUGACGGAGAAGCACGAAUUGGAAUUCCCCGUUCUUACAGACUUGCAUAAUGCAUAUGCGAGGAAGUUGGGGAUUGUGUGGAGGCAGCCUGAGAGUUUACGGCCUGUGUUUGAGACUUUUGGACAUGAUUUGCCAAGGAGGAAUGGUGAUGAUUCGUUUGAGUUGCCGCUUCCUGCUACGAUGCUGGUGGAUGGAGAGGGUGUUGUGAGGAAUUUGUAUCUUGAGCCGGAUUAUGUUAAGCGUGUUGAGCCGUUGACUGUGCUGGACUGGAUUGAUGAACUGUGA